GGAGGCCCUGAGGUCUGUGCAGCGCAUGGAGGCCAGGAAGAAUGCCUCUCUCCCCAGGGACCACAGGGAGCACCCCAGACCAUCAGACUGUAGAGGCAGAACUACAGCUCCCUCUCUGCUCAGAGGUUACAGCUGGCCCGCACCCCUUCACACCUCUCAGCCGUCCCAGGAGGAGGAGAAGCAGGAGGAGGUGGUAGAAGCGGAGGAAGGAGAGGAGAGGUAUGCGGGGCAUGAAAUGGAGGUGGAGAUUGGGAGUAAUCAACCGGGAGUGCCAGACUCAGGGAGGAGCUACAGUAGCUAUGCCAGCCAGAGCAGUGGCAGGGGGAGUCUGGAGCCUCCCAAUGGGUGCCUGUCCAUCUGCCUGUCCCCAACCCUCACCAGCUCUCCUGAGACCAUCGAGGAGAUACAGGGGAACACAGAGGAGACACGCCUACAGGACAUGGAGGCAUUGAAAAGGAGAAAGGCCUCAGUGGAUAAGAAUUAUGAGUGGGACUCAACUGAUGUGUCCAUUCAGCCAGGAGAUCAAGACCUUGAAGGCACAAGCCUGUUCUCCUCAGUGAGUCUACUGAAGUCUACUCCCAGCAUGCACCAUUCCAGGAAGGGCCUCAAAGAGUCAGUCCAAUUCCAGGGUCAUCACCAUGAGACCAGCCGCUACUCAGACCCCGAGCCAGACAAUCCCAUCUAUACCUAAGUCUUCCACCAACAAUGUGAAAAUAGAGUGCCAUCGUCAGUAUGGCUGUACAGUCAUCAACCUCUCAACCAUCUGACUGACUGGACUCUGGUGGACGCUCAGGACUGAAUAAAGAAUUGGCUGUUGUUGUUCAGAGCUGUACCUACCGAAGAGGACUUUUACCACUGAUUUACAAGAGCUAGUAGUUACAUUGAUUGAUCUCUGCUUCUUGUAUGGAAUACUACAUUUAUGGUACCAAGUCAGUGAACAAGCAGGUACAAUAUUUGGUCUGCCUUGCUCAUCAUCAUGGUGCUGACUAUAAUCAAUACAAUAAUCAUACUCUUGGACUCACGGAAGAACAGUUGGAGAUUAUUUUUAUUGCUUUGAGAAAAGGCAAACCACCACUGGGCUGGCACUUUGUUCCACUGCUGACACUUUGUUCCAACACUUUCAACGUUUGACAGAACUCUGACGGAUGAUCAAUUUUCUGUGAGAUGGAGAGGGACAGCGAGCAAGAGAGAGCAAGAGAGAGCGAGAGAGAGAGAGAUAGAGAGAGAGAGAGAGAGAGAGAGAGAGAGAGAGAGAGCUUGACAGCUUGACAUGGCAGGAUAACAGGACUGAUGGACAUUGUGCAGAAGAAGUAGGCUGCAUCAUGCCUUUUUCACAAGUAGUUUUUUUCCACAGGCCUGGCCUAGUGUGACAGCAUCUGCAGUACAACCCUGAGCUCUGAGUAAACAAUCAAUACUAUUACCCCAGGAGGUUAACUCACUAGGGAUGAUCAGAUGUAGCUAUAGAUCACACUAUGAAGAACCACUCCUUUCUUUUCUACCCAUAUUCUCAAGAUGUAGCAAAUCUAAUUUCCCUCUGUUUUUAAUCUCAUUGAUGUUGUGCAAUGUUUGUACUGUCAAUAGAUUUUUUUGUACUCAGAGUGCAGUAGUUCUUUUGUGUGUGAAUGAGGAGGGUAAGGGUUUGGCUGGUAAUAAUCGCCUGUUGCUGGGAUAAAUGAAGGCCAUUUUUUUUCACCAACCUUGUGUAAAAUGAGACUGAUAAUCAGUGAGCAUUAGCGGCAAGAUAUUGUUUGCCAUGUCUAAUUUGGAGAUUGAAACCUAAAUGGGAUUUUUUCAAUCAGUCUAUCUCUUAGUCAUCCGAGUCAGGGAGGGAGAUGAGAAUUCACAGCAUGUCAGAGGAGUUAAUUAGGUUCUAGAAUGCCUUCCAGCACAACGUCUGGUGAGAAAGGAGAGGAGGGGAGCUGGGGAUGUGAAUGCCUUUUGAGCUGUACUCACUCUGUUAUCAGUUUACAACGGCAGAUCACCCCACUUACCCUCCAUUUUAAUUUCAACACUCAUUUUGUACACAGAAAUGACUUCCAGAGAAAUGUCAGUUUGCCCACUUAAGGUUUUAUAUACGUUCUAUGGCACCCAAUAGCAAUACACUGCCAAUAUACUGUACAUUCAUUAUUUUCCUCAGACUGAAUGCAAAUGCAGCAAAAAGCAUGACAAGAAAUGUAUUGCUACUUUGCUAUUGUAAAGGAACACAUUGGGAUUGUAAACAAAUUAUAAAGGUGAACUAUUUUCCAGGUUUUUGUGCACUUAAGAUAUAUUUGUUUUUAUACAGAAAAUUAUUCAGUGUUUUGUAUAGACUGACUAUAGUGUAUGAGUUUGUAUGUUUUGUGCUUUGUUUACUGAUUAUGUACUACUUACUGUACAAUGUAUCCUAUUUGUAUCCAAAUAUUUUCCAGAGAACUGAAGAUUAAAUACUUGUUCUAUACAUGUUUUAUUCAGUACCCCAAAGCAAUUAGCUGGCUUUUUCAAAUUAUAAUUCAAAUGAACAUUUACUACUUAAACACAUUACCAUAAACCUGAAGUUGGAUAUGUUUACAUUAAAUAACAUUUUAUAUUUAACUAGGCAAGUCAGUUAAGAACAAAUUCUUAUUUACAAUAACGGCCUACCCCGGCCAAACCUGGACGACGCUGGGCCAAUUGUGCGCCGCGCUAAGGGACUCCCAAUCACAGCCGGAUGUAAUACAGCCUGGAUUCAUACCAGGGACUGUAGCGACGCCUCUUGGACUGAGAUGCAGUGCCUUAGACUGCCUUUCAUGUAGUUGUGCUUUUUCUCCAUCAGAAGUGUUCCCUCUGUCUGGAAGAGGACGUCAUUAUAAAGCCAUUAACGGGUCAUGAUGCAGUAGAUAACCCUUCCAUCUGUUAGGCCUAUAUGUCUGAAGGACCUACCUCUUCCACUAGGGUGUUUUGUUACCCAGCACAUUGAUCACUGUGUAUUCACCGACUCAUAGAACAACAAUGAACAAACUUCAAACUUUGAGGCCUUUGUUUAUCAGUAUGUGUAACAUUUGAUGGGGAGGUUUAAUUUAAUUUUCACUUUCACUGAGCCAUGCUUUAGAACAGUUAUCGAACAACGACCACAAAAGGAAAGGGAAUUGCCAUGGAACACAUAAAACAAGCGUAUUCUUUUUCAAACAUUUUUUUCUGAGGAAAAUUACAGACAGUGAUUUAUCCUAUUUCUUCAAAAAGAUCCAUUAUGUAAAACAAUGAUUUUGUCACGCCCUGACCUUAGAGAUCCUUAUUUAUUCUCUAUGUUUGGUUUGGUCAGGGUGUGACUCG